CACCUGGGUUGCCCGUUGAUCAUCACUUUCACUUCAUGCGAACUAUUUGCUGCUGGUUUGCAAGUCAUGGUCCGGAAAGGAGUCUGCUGUUGCUGUGCUGCACUGCGCCCCCGCUUCAAACGUCUGGUGGAUAACAUCUUCCCUGAAGACCCCAAAGAUGGGCUUGUCAAAGCUGAUAUGGAGAAGCUGACGUUCUACGCAGUGUCGGCUCCCGAGAAGCUCGAUCGAAUUGGCACUUACUUAGCCGAACGGCUGAGCCGGGAUGUUGUCAGGCACCGUUACGGGUAUGUUUUAAUAGCUAUGGAGGCAUUGGACCAGCUUUUGAUGGCUUGCCAUUCUCAGAGCAUUAAACCAUUUGUUGAAAGUUUCCUUCAUAUGGUGGCCAAGCUGCUGGAGUCUGGGGAACCAAAGCUGCAAGUUCUGGGAACCAAUUCGUUUGUUAAAUUUGCAAACAUUGAGGAAGACACGCCUUCGUACCACAGGCGCUACGACUUCUUUGUUUCUCGAUUCAGCGCUAUGUGCCAUGCUUAUCAUGAAGAUCCUGAAGUACAAACUGAGAUCCGAAUUGCCGGGAUCCGGGGCAUUCAGGGCGUGGUCCGCAAGACGGUGAACGAUGAACUCCAGGCCACCAUAUGGGAGCCUCAGCACAUGGACAAGAUCGUGCCCUCCCUGCUGUUUAACAUGCAGAAGACGGAAGAUGUCGACAGCCGAGCCUGCCCGCCUUCCUCCCUGGGGGGAGAAAAAGAGGAGAACCCAUCUGUCCUGGCUGAGAACUGUUUCCGUGAACUGCUGGGCCGGGCGACCUACGGCAACAUGAACCAUGCUGUCCGACCAGUUUUUGCGCAUUUAGACCAACAUAGACUUUGGGAUCCCAAUGAAUUUGCUGUCUCCUGCUUCAAAAUCAUUAUGUAUUCUAUACAGGCGCAGUAUUCUCAUCAUGUGAUACAGGAAAUCCUGGGACACCUGGAUGCUCGCAGAAGGGAUUUCCCACGGGUUCGCGCAGGCAUCAUUCAAGCCCUUUUGCAAGCCGUCGCUGUUGCCGCCAAAGGGUCCAUAGGCCCGACCGUCUUAGAGGUUUUCAACACCUUGUUGAAGCAUCUCCGUUUCAGUGUUGAUUUUGAAUUAAGUGCCCGGCGUAGCUCGGUGAACAGUGUCUCUUUCAGUACAAACGCCAAGGACAAUGACGAGAGAAUUGUCCAGAAUGCUAUCAUCCAGACCAUUGGGUUCUUUGGAAGCAACCUUCCAGAUUACCAGCGGUCGGAGAUCAUGAUGUUCAUAAUGGGAAAAGUCCCUGUGCUGGGGUCAACCUUGCACACCCUGGAGACCAGCCAGCUGAGUGAUUUGGGAACCAGGCGGUUCCAGAUUAUGCUGCUGAGGUCAUUGCUUAUGGUGACUACUGGAUACAGUGCUAAGACUAUUUCUGCCGCUCUUCCACCUCCUUUUCUGGAUCCUUUGCUGUCUCCUUCCCUCAUGGAUGACUGUGAGCUACGCCAACUGGUCCUGGAAAUCCUGCAUAACCUUAUCGAUCGGCAUGAUAACCGAGCAAAGCUCCGUGGCAUCAGAAUAAUACCUGAUGUUUCAGAUCUAAAGAUAAAGCGAGACAAAAUUUCAAAGCAAGAUGUGAGCUUCAUGAAAAAGUGUGGCCAGCAGCUGUACAGGCAUGUCUACUUGGGAUGUAAAGAGGAAGACAAUGUCCAGAAGAACUUUGAACUGCUGUACACGACCCUGGCCCUCAUUACCAUUGAAUUAGCCAACGAAGAAGUGGUCAUUGACCUCAUCAGAGUGGCGAUAGCAUUGCAGGAUAUCGCGAUCCUUAAUGAAGACAACUUGCCAAUGUUCCAUCGUUGUAGUGUGAUGGCAGUGGGCGCGGCGUACCUCAACUUCCUGAGCCAAAUGAUUGCCGUUCCUGCUUUCUGCCAGCAUAUUAGUAAGGUCAUUGAAACCAGAACGUUAGAAGCCCCAUACUUUUUACCAGAAACUAUUUUCAGAGAGAAGUGCAGCCUCCCAAAGUCUCUCGAGAAAGAAGAGACCAACUUGUUUUUCCUGACCAACCAAAUGGCCGAAUCGUUGGGCGGCAGCGGCUACUGUGUGGAGAGACUCUCGGUGCCAUACGUUCCACUCGUGACAGAUGAGGACAGGCUGUCACGGAGGAGAAGUCUGGUGGAUACUUUAUCCAUCCAGGUAGACAUUCUGCCUGGCUGCAAUCUUCAAGAAAAGGUGAACAGUACAGAAGAGAUCACCUUUGAAACCCUGAAGAAGGCAAUAGACAGCAAUGCUCUUGAGGAACAAGAGAAGGAAAAGCAGCGGUUGGUGAUAGAAAAAUUCCAGAAGGCUCCUUUUGAAGAAAUUGCAGCACAGUGUGAAACUAAAGCGAACCUGCUUCAUGAGAGGCUGACAGAGAUAUUGGAGCGCACUGUUCGGCCCCCUCCGAGUCCCUCCGGAACCACUACAAUCACCGCCGGCCAUGUUCAUUACCAAUCCAUUCCAGUCUACGAGAUGAAGCUUCCAGAUCUUUGUGUGUAUUGA